GUGGAGGAGCAGAAAGUUGCCGAAACUGCUCCUCCCCCUUCAGGCGUAAACUUAGCGCAAGUUGAGUAAUCCACUUGCUCGCUUUCUCAAUUUCGCACAGAGAAUCACCUUCCGCUUGCCAAGAAGCCCCCACCCCACUCAUCGGUGGCUUUUGCUCGACGCCGCUUGGGGUUGGGGCACGGGGACCCUCCGGCGCUCUCGUCAUUCACGGCCCUGCAGCAAUGGAAAGAGAAUAGCGGCGGAUUGCGCCAAUCAGCGGGGACCAGGUGGCGUUGUCCACGUCAGAUCCAGACUCGUCCUUGCUUCCCGUCAAUCAUCUUCCCCCCCGAAGCCCUCACGGAACGUUCUGUCCGUAUCCAUGAAUCCACCGGCGAUCGGCUGGCAUUCACCGCCUUAGGUUCAUGGAGAUCUAAAUCCGCCGCAUUUUGCGAGGCAAAAGCGGCGAAUUCGGCCGCUUCGAGAUCUUUUGAUCCAUGCGAGUCGCGCUUCGAGCCACCCCACAAAUCUCGGACAUCUCCACAGUCCUCCCCGUCUCCCCCAUCCGCGCUGGCCCGGCGCAGCAGCGGCGCAGGCCCGCAUCCCCCCUUCAGCGCCAGCAGUACCCGGUAACACGCGUGAGUCGUCAGCAGCAGCCGUCGCUGGGAGCAGAGCCCGACAGCCAGGAGAGACGCCACGCGGAGGGGAAAAAUUUCUCCUUUGAACGACGCAGCGACGCGCCACUCGGAGGAUCGCCUUCCGGGAGUUGCCGCCGAGCUAGCCUGGGAGGGAAGAAUCAAUCUCUGGACAGCGGUGGUUUCAUUGGAAGCUGCGGGAACUUGCCGUGGUUCGGGUCGUUGGGAGAUCAUCGGUUCAGGUGCGGGAAGUCGGUUGGCAGCACUGCGUCACAUGCGCUCAAACCCUCACUCGCUUGAAGGCUGCUAGUAGUUUGGCUCUCGCUCGGGUUGUCCUCGGCGGAAUUGUUCGGCGAGACGCUGCGUGCCUUCUCAAACCUCGAAGGGUUGAACCCUUGCGCUCCGAGCAUCCCUUGCGCGUCCCCUUACUGCUGCGCGAAGAAUCGGGGUUUUGCCACAGUCCCUACUGCUCCGCAAUUGCAACGAUUACUUCAAAGGAAGCGCGCUCAUCUCCACCGCCUUUUUGCACCGUCUUUGUUGGUGACGAAACUGCAGCUGACGUCUAGUAGUCUAGAACAGGUACCACAAUUCUGGCGGCGAUUCUACUAGGUACUAGUAGUGUCAAGCUGAAAUUCGCCGCCGCCACAUUCGACCUCAACGUGCGACGCUCGCUCGCAGUGGAACGCACGGCGCGUUUGCCGAUAGUCGCGUCAAUUAGGUGAACCCUAAGUCAGUGGCGAGGGGUGCAUUGCUACUACGGUGGCAGGAGAAAAUAUGCGAGUAGUGGAGCAGGGGGAAGCGGAGCAGGGGAAGGGUCAGCUUGAGCAGCUGCCGAGUUACGGGACACCUCGAAUUCUGCCUUAGGAGCUUUUUAGAUUGCCUGAUUGGAAAAUCUGUCGUCGCGUCACUUUCCACGCCAGACCUUCGUUUCGUUCGCAUCUGGUUACUGAGAAUUGGGGGGGUCGCAGCUGGUAGCGAGUGUGAGCAACGGGUUGCAUUUCGGGUGGAGCGCUGGAGCCGAGGCGACGAGGGACGGAGAGGUGGCGGAGAGAACACCCCUCGUGAAUAACAACGGCGCGAAGAAAUAUUGGAGAGGGCAACGAAUUGAGGCGAGAUGGCGAGCCGUGGUAACAUAACGGGCAGGACAUACGCGGCAAGGUGGAGCUCGGAGGAGGAUAAGCUCCUUCUGGAGCACGUGCUGGACCAUGGCACAUCGCAAUGGGCGCUGCUUCAGCAGAGCCAGAAACUGGGCUCACAUCGAGACAGCAAGGCUUGUUGCAACCGAUUUCUGCUCCUUAAGAGAAAGUUCGUCCAGGACGCCAACAAGGCCGAAUCCAGCAGCAGCAGCAUGCCCGGCUCGGGCACCAUCCCCAGCAUCAUGAGUGGCUGCGGCCUGACUGACAGCAUCGACCCACUUGACCCGCUUGACCCGCUGGACUCGGAGGAGGCGAUGAUGGACUUCCCCGUGCCGCCCAUGCCGGUGCACGAGAUCAUGCGCUGCCUGCACGCCUCCGCUGCUGAAAUGGAUGCCGAAGAGGGGGCGGGUGAUGCUGGCGAAAAGGCUGCAGAUGGUGCUGGUAACCCUACAUCUGGUAACCCUUCCUCUGGUAACCCUUCCUCUGGUGACCCUACCUCUGAUGCCCAUGGCCCGGAUGCUCCUGCCAGUGUCCGCGCGAGUGGUGCUGGUGAUGAGGGUGCAGCGGCGGCAGGAGAGAAUCGGGUCAGCAGCACUGUCUCCUCCACAAUUGAUGCCCCCAGGGGUUCCUGCCCCAUGGGUGCAGGGCUGGCGUCAGCAGCGUCGUCAACAGAUUCGUCACCCGCUCAUGUUCCGGCCACUACCAGCACGGCAGCAGAAGCUCAGCGGCAGCAACGGCAGCCGCACACACAGCAGCAGGGGCAGCAGCAGGGGCAGCAGGAGGAGAUGCACUCAGCUGAGUCGUCCAGCCAUCGGGCCGACAGCAGGAAGUCUCUUGACGAGCACAACAAGGCCAUCAGCUGGUGCAUGUUGGUGUUUGCCCACGCCAAGCGCUGGUGCGAGCAGAAGCAGAAGCAGAUGCUGGGUGACGCCGAAAGUGGUGGGGCUAAACCAAAACGAGCGCGGCACAGGCAGCCACAGCAGCAGCAGCAGCACCCAACUCAGCAGCUGCAGUCUAUGCAGCAGCAGCAGCAGCUGCAGCGGCAGCAGCAAGUGCCACAGACUCUACCACAGCAGAUGCUAAUGCAGGUGCCACAUCAGGUGCCACGACAGGCGGCACUCGUGACGCUACAAGUGCCCUCUCACCCUUCCCCCUCUCUCCUCCGUAUCAGCCAGCAGCCUCAGCGUCCUCCCCUCCUUGUGAUCCCUCGCUCCCCUCACCCUCCUCACACUGCCCCCUUCCCGGCCCCUCUCACUGCUCCUCACACUGCCCCCUUCCCGGCCCCUCUCACUGCUCCUCACACUGCCCCCUUCCCGGCCCCUCUCACUGCUCCUCACACUGCCCCCUUCCCGGCCCAUCUCACUGCUCCUCACACUGCCCCUCUUACUACCCCUCACCCCCCUCUCCCACCACCCUCACGUCACCCCUGGCCGCACCCCUCCUGUCCGCCUUGGCACCGCUCAGACCCCUGCUCUCAGCAGCAACAACCACCUCUGUACCCGGACCUUCAAGCUGCCUCCUCUUGCACUACUGUCCAAGCAGCUGGCCCCUCCUUUCCUUGUUCUUCCCCCAUCUCUCCUACAUCCCGACACCCGGGAGUCUUUCUGUGCUGCAGCCCUGCAGUACGGGGGGCUGAUGGCGGGUACCUUGCUCUGUUGCAAUCACCUGAAGCCGAAUCAACCGACACCCAAGGGCAGCACGGGGGUUACUGCUCAACAGGACUCCAAUGCUGUGGAUCAGUUCAUCAGGAAACGGCGUAUCUUCAAGCAACGGCCCAGAUGGACGGAGAUCGCAUGGACUUGCAUCAUCCACAGAUAGAAGGGCGGCAGUGCUUGCCUCAAGAAGAUCCGUGUCGGUCGGUGCGGCUGGUGCAGCAGCAUUGGGAGCAAGGUUUUGAGACGACUCUCAAGCCAGCCCAAGAGGGCGCAUGUUGCGAGCAGCAGGCGCUGCAGCAUCAGGGCGAGUCACAGGACUACCCCUCCGCUCUCGUUGAUCCUACCACAGCCUUCCCUUUCAGCUCUUCUAACUCAACCUCUCCUCCUGCUCCCCAUCCUCCUCCUACUCAUUUGAACCCUGCUAUUCGCCUGCCCCACUCUCUCCAUCCCUCUCCUUCCGCCCCCCCUUCAAAUCCACACAUUCCUCUCGACAACGCCAGUGGGGAGUAUCACUUGACACCCCCCACUGCUGGAGCAGCCCUGUGUCAAGGAGGAUGCAUACCACCGUGCUCAGUCAACGACCUCAAGCCGUGCAGCAGGGCCCUUAUCUCUGCUGCACUCCUGCCCAACACUACUCACCCCCACAACUUCCCCCGCUUUCUCGACGAAGCUUUUCAGACAAACGACCAGCACAAUCGGUCUGGCAGCAGCAGCACGGCUCAAGAUGAGUGGGUUAUGCACACAGAUAUGGGAGAGGAGGUUUUGGAGGUGAUUGAGCCUAGGAAGGUGCAUAGUAUGGAAGGUAGUGAGAGUAGCGGUUUCUCUAUGCAGUUCCAUGCUCCCCAGAGCACAAGCCCGGGUCGAGACGCCUGUGGGAAUGGAGCAGACAAAAUGUCUGAAGAAGGGCUGUUGGAUCCCCAUUGGUGGGACGACCUUUUUCCGGAGCUCUUGUAGUUUUGAAUUCCUGUAAUUUCUACUACCACGAACACCCUUACUACAGGGGUUUUCCCUUGUAAACAGCUGGUCUAUUCGUAAGGUGCAUUACGUGCAAACCCCUGGAUAUAAGCACAUAUGGGCCUACAGGAAUUUCCUCGAAAACGUCACGUGCGCCUGACUCGCUUGACUCGGA